UCCCCCCUCCCGCGCGCCCGCCCUCCGCCUGCCGCCACCGCCGCCGCCGGAGCUCUGUAGUAUGGCAUCGAGGAGAAUGGAGACCAAACCUGUGAUAACCUGUCUCAAAACCCUCCUCAUCAUCUACUCCUUCGUCUUCUGGAUCACUGGGGUGAUCCUGUUGGCUGUUGGAGUCUGGGGAAAACUUACUCUGGGCACCUAUAUCUCCCUUAUUGCCGAGAACUCCACAAAUGCUCCCUAUGUGCUCAUCGGAACUGGCACCACUAUUGUCGUCUUUGGCCUGUUUGGAUGCUUUGCUACAUGCCGUGGUAGCCCAUGGAUGCUGAAGCUGUAUGCCAUGUUCCUGUCCCUGGUGUUCCUAGCUGAGCUCGUUGCUGGCAUUUCAGGGUUUGUGUUUCGUCAUGAGAUCAAGGACACCUUCCUGAGGACUUACACGGAUGCUAUGCAGAACUACAAUGGCAAUGAUGAGAGGAGCCGGGCCGUGGACCACGUGCAGCGCAGUCUGAGCUGCUGUGGUGUGCAGAACUACACCAACUGGAGCACCAGCCCCUACUUCCUGGAGCAUGGCAUCCCCCCCAGUUGCUGCAUGAACGAAACCGACUGUAACCCCCAGGAUCUCCACAAUCUGACUGUGGCCGCCACCAAAGUUAACCAGAAGGGUUGUUAUGAUCUGGUGACCAGUUUCAUGGAGACGAACAUGGGGAUCAUCGCUGGAGUGGCGUUUGGAAUUGCAUUCUCCCAGUUGAUUGGCAUGUUGCUGGCCUGCUGUCUGUCCCGGUUCAUCACGGCCAAUCAGUAUGAGAUGGUGUAAGAAGUCUUUCAAGAGCGAUGGAAUAAGAGACCUGUUUUAAAAAGGAACUGCAGCAAUCUCUGAAAGACUUCCAAAGAAUGUUAGAGCACAGUACAUAAUACACCUGCCCUGCUCCUGCUACCCCUACCCCAAAUCCUACCCACCCACCCCCUGCGUGCAACUGACACUCCUACCCAGUCUCUCUCAUCUUUCCACCGGCAUCAUGUGUAGUGUCCAUCUUGUGAAGCCCUGUUGUGCCACAGAGUGUAGCCAGGCCCCCUGCGGCUAGUCCUAGUGAUCCCUGCCCUGAGGCCCCAUGCGUGCCAGCUCCUUCACGUGUACUUGGUCCACCUGCAGCUCAUCGUAGGUCACUGGUUAUCACACCAUCACUGGCCCCUUGGAGUCCUGCAUGUAGUAUGGGAAACUCCUGUUAGCCCCUGACCGUGGUGGAUAAAUGCCACAUACCUUUACGUAGAUAAGCAGAUGCUAGUUAUCUGUUCUUUUGACUUAAUCUCAUUUGGUUUAGUUUUCCCUUUACUAAAAUGCUUUCCUACCUUCUUUAAGCUGCCUAGGACAGGUAAAGAGACACACUAGUAAUUGUUCCUACGGAGAAGAAAGCAUGUGUCACGCAUGAGGAUAUGGUCUUGGAGCGUUAGGUAGCCUCCUUGCUCGUUAUUGUUCCAUACCUGGGUAUGUAGAGACAGUUUAGUGCGCCUAUGCCUCUCAGUUGAAACCUGUAUAAUCCUGUUACAAUGCUGUUGUUGCUUCCUGUGAAGGCAAUGAUAUUACUUUUGUUUUUCCCCAAUGAAUUGCUGUUGUGUUACUUUACUUCUUCUUCUUGUAUUUUUCCUGUAUUUUUUUUUCUUGCAUUGACAUUACAGACUUUAAGGACCUCAUCAGAUCAAUUGAAAAAUGAGUGUGAAGGGGGAACAAAAGUCAAAAUAUUUUUAAAAGAUCUUUAAAAAUAAUGCCUCUGUCUAGCAUGCCAACACGAAUGCAUUGAUAUUGUGAACAUUUGUGAUAUAUGUAUUAAUAAAUAGAGCAAUUACAA